AUUGCGCAGUUCAAUUUUGAGUUUACUUCAAGACCUAUCCGUCAAGAUGCAUCUUAUGUAUACUUUGGACCAGGAUGGAAAGCGGGUUUAUACCCUGAAGAAGGUCACUCCCACCGGGGAGGUCACAAAGAGCGCUCACCCCGCUCGCUUUUCUCCGGACGACAAGUAUUCUCGUCACCGUGUUACGCUGAAGAAGAGAUAUGGCCUUCUGCUUACCCAGCAGGCUGACAAAGAGGCUGCGCAGCUAUAGAGCCGGAGAAGUCAAUAUGACGGAGUAAUAUAAAAAGGGGGUUUCUGCUUCAUUUGCUGGCGAAUGGUGUUCAAUACGGAUCAAGAUGAUACGAGAUUUUCGGAUUUUCCAAUACCAAUCACUUCGUUCAAGG